AUGGGGCCAGGAGUCGUUUUCCCACAGGCCCCGUCACGGGAUCGACCGUCGUUUCCGAUCGCAUUCGGCGCGAAGCUCGCCGUAGACCUCGCAAGCAAGCCGCGGCCUCAACAACCCUCGCCAAUCCGCGGUUGCGACAAGGGCCGGCGCGAUCCGCUGCCGCCGCUGCAGCAGCAGUGCACCAUUCGCGCCCUGGACGCAAGGAAGCCGUUCAACGCGCCGCCGCUUAGCAUUCCAUCUGACGUGUCCAGCAAUCCAGGCGACGACGCGUCGUCCUGCUCCUCGCCAACGUCGUUCUCCGUCCUCCCACUCUUCUCCCAUCACUCCACCGCCAAACCGCGGUCCGCCUCCCGGCCCCCCGCGAGAUCCCCGCGACCGUCGCUACCCCGCCCGCGCUCCCCGUGCCCCUUCGACUUCUGCGCGCUUUCCAACAGCCCGCGCCGCUCGCCGGGGACCACCUUCGGCAGGCCCGCACGACCAACCACGGCUCCUGAUCACACGCCGCUGCCUAAUGCGGCAUACCCGUGCGAUGAGGAGAGCUCGCGAUCAACGGACAAUACAGCAGCUCCGGCGCCGGCAAUGACGGCGCAGCAAGCGCAGUGGUUCAUCCUCCCCGCUCAACGCCCAGAGGUUGUUCGCGCCGCCGCACAGACCUCCCGAUGCGCGUCGCCUGACACGCCCUUGGGAUUCGUCACCUCCCCCAACGCGGCCUCGUCCCCCUCCAGCCAACUCGCCCGCGGCGCUAAGCCGCGCUCAUCCCUCUCCUCGCUCCCUCCCUCCUCCCCGCGCCCGCCGAUCGCCACCGAAUCCGCCGCUGGAGGAUUUGCACCUGAAGAGCGCGGCUUUGGAGGAGACUACGAUUAUCCGGAGUCGAACCGCCUUGUGAUCACUGGUAACAGCAGCCGCAGCGUGUCGAGUGCAGGCAGCGUGGAAUGCGGCGAGCCGUCAACCUCCAGCCUGGGCGAUACUAACACCGCCGCGAUCGUCGCAAAACCCGCGACUGUAACCGCUCGGAGGAGCUCCGAGUCGGACUUUGCCGCGAAGCGCGCCGCCGCAGAUGCCGCGCGGCCCGCGCCAAUGGGGUUCCGCAGCGUGAGCUUUUGUGGACGGGCGGACGGGCGAACCACCAUGGGGGCGGAGGGGCAGGCGGAAAGAGAGUUGGCGAGACACCGGUGCGCCUCGAUGCCAAGCAGAAACAUGCCACGUGGCGCCGGUUUGGUGGCUGCUUGGGGUGGUAUUGCGAAUCGCGCUCCUCCCCUGGCGGCGUCACGUCAGGAGGAGGCGGAGGAGAAGGCGGCGGAAAGGACGGACGAGGUGGAAAGAGAAGGGGACAGAGGAGUGGUCAUGGAUGACGUCAGCGACACAGCCAGCUGCGUGGCUAGCAGCGUGAGCGACGGGUGGGGCGGCAGCCAUGGGGGAGAGGCGGAGGAAGGCAACAGGGGAGGGGACGCAGGGGAGGAAGAGGAGGGCGGAACGGAAUCUGAUUGGGCGAGCGAGUCAACCAUGUGCCUCAACCUUGAGAGCGUGGAGCAGCUGUGUGCGCAGAUGGAGUUCCAGAAGAAGACAAUUGAGGCUAUCCAGAUCGUGGCGGUCCCUGCCCUUCCCCAAAUAAGCCGGGAGAGACCCAGAAGGGCACUCAGCAGAGCAGCUGCAGCAGCAGGUGCAGGAGGCAGCAGAGGUGAAUCAGAGGCGUGCUCAGCAGCAGGGUGGCCUCUGAAGACGUUGUGUGUUGAGAGCUCUGCCAGCCUCAUGGCACUGCGCUUCACUGGAUCGCUCACCUGGCACACUCCAGGCGACCCAGAGCUGUGGGAGCGAGGCACGGUCAUGUAG